CAAUCUGAUUGCUUGUAUUGAUAUCUUUUUAAAGAACAUGAAUUUUGUUUGUCUUUAUCAGAAUUUCUACCUGGCAAACAAAGGGAAGAGUGAAAGCAAAGAAAUGAAUGAUAAAAGCAAAGAAGCUUUACUGGAGGAAAGCUUCUGUGGGGCAUCUGUCAUUGUGCCAGAACUUGAAGGGGCACUUUAUUUAAAAGAAGAUGGAAAAAAGUCCUGGAAGAGGCGUUAUUUUCUUCUGCGAGCUUCUGGAAUUUAUUAUGUACCCAAAGGAAAAACCAAGGUCAGGAAGCCAAAUAAUCCUUUUACUAAUAAAACAAUUAACAGAGGUGAAAGUGAAGAACUCCCAAGGUAGCAUAUAAGAGCACUG